AGAGAGAGAGAGAGAGAGAGAGAGAGAGAGAGAGAGCUAGGGUUUCUCUCUGAACCCUGCUUUCUUUUCUGGGUCUUCGCCUUGGAGAGAGAGGAUUUCUUCUCGCUUGUUUUUGUUGCAAGUGAAAUGGCCAUCUUGGAUUACACCCAUCCAUGGAUCUUCACUUUUGGUAUCCUAGGAAACAUUGUCUCUUUCUUCGUCUACUUGGCUCCGGGCCCGACAUUUUACAGGAUUUACAAGAAGAAAUCAACGGAGGGUUUCGAGUCGUUGCCCUACUUGGUUGCUCUAUUCAGCUCCAUGCUCUGGUUCUACUAUGCAUUCCUCAAAGGACACUGCUUCCUUCUCAUCACCAUCAACUCCUUCGGAUGUGUCGUGGAGAUGGUGUACAUCGCCAUUUUCAUCACCUAUGCGCCGAAAGCUGCGAGGAACUCCACGAUUAAGCUCUUUGCUCUGAUGAACAUGGGAUUAUUCUCACUCCUAAUUCUCGUCACGCACUUCAUCCCGAACGGUCAGACCCGCACCGUGGUGUUUGGAUGGAUCUGCACGACCAUCUCCGUGAGCGUCUUCGCAGCGCCGUUGAGCAUCGUGGCACGAGUUGUGCGAACGAAGAGCGUGGAGUUCAUGCCUUUCUCUCUAUCGCUCUGUCUAACGUUGAGCGCCAUCAUGUGGUUCGGCUAUGGUCUCUUCUUAAAGGACUGGUGCAUUAUGAUACCGAACGUUGUGGGCUUUGUCCUGGGACUAUGUCAGAUGGGCUUGUACGGGUACUUCAGAAACAAAGGGAGCGUCAUCAAGAUGGACCAGAAGCUCCCACAGCACGUCACCAGCACCGUCGUCCUCUCCCCCUUAGGAGGAGUCUCCGAAGUCCACCCGGUCGUCGUCGAAAUCCCUCUCCCCUCCGACGGCGGCCAAUCCCUUGCGGACGAGCAUCAACUGCCCGAGGCCGCUGUGGAAGUGGUGGUUUCCGGCGACGGUCUCCGGGCCAAGGAAGAUUCGGGGGUCUGAUUUGCCAAGUUACUGGUUAGCUCAGGCCCAAUUUACCAUUGGCUGGGCUUUGAUUAAGAACGUGAAGGCCCAAGUUCGCGUCGAUCUAUCCUCUCCGUAAUGAUCCUACUUUCUCCAUCGUUCUCUCUCUAUCUGUGUCUUCCGGUUGGUAUAACAAUUGUAAGAAGAAGAAAGUGCCCAAAGGCAAUAUCCCAAAGUGUACUCAUUCUUCUGCUAUCUGAUUAAAGAUCGAGUUAAUUACAAGUA